AGAAAUUUGAAACCUUGAAAGAUAGGAGUGUUCUCGUUGCGAGAUCAAAACGUGUAGUUCAACUGAACUUUGUCAAUGGGACAUAUUCCCAACAUUUAGAUCAAAGCCCUUGAAGGCUACUUUAGUAAACUUAUUGCUGCUCCAGCAAGCGUGCUGCAUCGGAGCACGAUGUCGCUGUGAUGCCUUCACGACAUUGGUGUAGGUUGAAAAAAUAUCCUGGCCCUGGCAAGUGUCACCUACUUGUAGUAAGCAGGCAAGGCAAUCAGUGGAGGAAUGGCGGCGGUGAUGGCGGAGGACAGUAACGAAACGUCGGCGGUGCAGCAAAUGUUGUCCCGUGUGGCACAAUCCUGUGCUGUGAUCCGCAGCCAGCAGCGUGGAGAUCCUGAGCUGACCAUGGAAGAGAAGUUGGAAGCACUGAAUGAUAUUCUGGUGAAGAGCCAUGCCUCCUUCCUGGCCAGAUUCGGGCCAUUCUUGGCUGAAGAGGAUCUUGUCUGUUUUGAUGAGAAUGACUUUGAGCAAAAGUUUCACCUCAAGGAAAUACGGCACAACUUCGACCCGGCUCACGUUCGUCGAGUUAUCCGCAACAGGCGUGCUGAGUGCAUGCGACGACUUCUAGAGGAAGGUGAUUACUUUUCAGACCGGUCCAUCAGCCUACGCAACCCCCUGCUGUUUGAGCAGUACGUGGGGCAGUUCAUGAGCGAGGACGAACGCAGUGCCAUGGAUUUGGACGGACAGCAGCGCAGCGAAUGUGCUCUGUCCGCUAUGCUCAUGUUUCAGAUGCAGCAAGACCGGCGCAGUCGCUUGCUGGCCAAACAGAAAGAGCAGGAGUACGAUGAUGAGGUGAUCAGCGGUAUGCAAGACCUGUCCCUGCCGAAAAAUGAGCCUCAACAACAGGUCUCAACAACAAGAUCACCAUCGACACAAUCAGCAUCGACACGAGAUGGCGAUGACGAAGACGACGAUGAUGCAGAGGCACAUGCAAGUGCGGCUCCCUGGGGAGAGGUCACCGAGCCAAAACCUAGUGAAGACAAACAAACUGCUCAAGUCACCACCGGUCCCGAGUCUCAGGAGCUCGCCUUGUUGCGCCAUGAGCUUUUGUCCAUAGUGCAACAGUUGUUCCUGGACGGGGAGGACAAGGAGUUUGACUAUUCCGCAGUGGAUUCUAACACUGAGUAUGACAAUUUAGAUGUCCGGCGACAGGACGAAGAGGAAGCGUAUUUCGAAACCGAGGACCCCGAGGAUUGCUUAGCCGACGAGGAAGAUCUCGCUUGGCUUCGAUCUCUUGCUGCCAAGCGUGCUGCACAACCACCGCCAGAAUUUGAAGAAGAAUUUGACGAAGAUGACGAUGAAGAAGAAGAAAUGGACGCGGCAUGAUUUCGAAUCGACUGGACAAUGCUGAUUUCGGCAUGAAGCAGUGCUUGUUUGUACUAGCUGUGAGUACGCUGUUGCUGAUUGUAUGCCCUGUAAAUAGUUCUGCUGUACAAAAUACUGCUGCUGAUUUCCCCCGCUUGAUUUUUUAAGUACGAUUUGAAUUUGAAAGUUACAAAGAGCCGUUGAAUAAGUUUAUUACAUGAUACAUGUACAAUAAAGCCAA